UUCGUCCUCUCUUCCCCUUUUUGUUUCCUCUCCUCUCCCUUCUUCUUCUCAGAUCAGAUCUCAGCCAAAUUCCUCCAAUGGCGACAUCAACCCCACGCGAAGAGAGCGUCUACAUGGCCAAACUGGCCGAGCAAGCCGAGCGCUACGAAGAAAUGGUGGAAUUCAUGGAAAAAGUCUCCACCGUCGUCGAAUCCGAGGAGCUCACGGUGGAGGAGCGCAACCUCCUCUCCGUCGCCUACAAGAACGUGAUCGGCGCUCGUCGUGCUUCGUGGCGGAUCAUCUCCUCGAUCGAGCAGAAGGAGGAGUCUCGCGGCAACGCCGACCAUGUCUCCACCAUCAAGGACUACAGGUCCAAGAUUGAGAACGAGCUCUCUUCGAUCUGCGACGGCAUUCUCAAGCUUCUCGACACCAAGUUGAUCCCCUCCGCCACCGCCGGUGACUCGAAGGUGUUUUAUCUGAAGAUGAAGGGUGAUUAUCAUAGGUAUUUGGCGGAGUUCAAGACUGGUUCGGAGAGGAAGGAGGCCGCUGAGAAUACUCUUAAUGCUUAUAAGGCUGCUCAGGAUAUAGCUAAUACAGAGUUGGCUCCAACACAUCCAAUUCGACUAGGGCUGGCUCUCAACUUUUCUGUGUUUUACUACGAAAUUUUGAAUUCACCUGAUCGAGCAUGCAGUCUUGCAAAACAGGCCUUUGAUGAAGCCAUUGCGGAGCUGGAUACACUGGGGGAGGAUUCAUACAAGGACAGCACUUUGAUAAUGCAACUUCUUCGUGAUAAUCUGACUUUGUGGACCUCAGACAUGCAGGAUGAUGGUGCUGAUGAGAUCAAAGAAGCACCACCCAAGCGUGAUGACGAGCAGCAGCAGUGAAGUCAUUAGUUUUCAAUUUAGCAUUUCACUUCUCCCAAAGUUUGUUUUUGACUGGAGAAGCUGCUUGGUCCCUUUAUCUAUUCUGUUACACGUCUUUAGGAUUUGAUGCCUUGAUUUAUGAACCUUGGAGGUACUUAAUUUUCUUACUUCCCCA